GGAAAGGCGUGAGGAGGGACGCAAGGAGCGCAAGGGGACUCUCCAGGUUCAACUGGCCUCCUUGAACAUUUCACCACCGUCCGACCCUGCACAACUUCAGCCUUCACCUGGCGCGCGCACGCCGGUGUCAGAAUCACUUUAACGAGGACCUGAAACGUGCGCAAGAGCUUUAGCUUGAGGGACGAUCCCGAGAUCGAGGACCCGCGGCUCGAAGAAGACCUGGCCGAGCAACAUCUCUUUUGCUGACGAUCUGAGACGGCCGGAAGAGCUCUGGCGCCAAACGGACCCCGACAGUUGAAGGAGAAACAACCGAAAGAGCGUCCGUCGGAAGGAGGGGCAGCGGGUCAACGAAGAACUGGCUGAACAGCUCCGAAUCGUUGGAUAGACGCUGGGUUGGAAGAACGCCUCGCCAAGAAUCGCUGGAUAGCCGAAGCUAGCGCAAGAGCGGCAGCCUAAGGAGCACGUCGGGGACUGAUGCCAGGGACAUCACACACAAUGCAAACCGAAGCUAAUCCCCCAGAGGCCGACUUCAACAACCACUUACGAACCGCCGAGUCCCGAAACAGGGAAGCGGCAGCCGCAUCCCCUCCAAUCCCAAUCCUCUUCCUCCGCCAAAAAGGCUCACCGCUAAGCGCCUCAACAGACGACAUCUCCCCAACAGUACACUCCCCUCCAGCGCCGGACAAAUACGCUGCAGCAUUCAGCCUACCCAUUUUCGAUUCCCACUUCCUUCCGGUUCUAUCACAUGACGAUACCAUCAACCUAGAUGCGCUGACGACGAUCUUACGGACACGUUCGUCCGAAUUCUGCGCCGUCAUUGCGACGAGUCAGCGGGCUGUUGGCGCGCUGAUCAGGGCUUUGGAGAGGUGCUCAAACCAGGGAGGGACUGAGGACAAAGUGAUAGCGACAUGGCGCACCAAGCCGGUUUAUGUUGUGGGAAAGGCAACAGCGUCUGCUGCUCUCGACGCCGGGCUUUUCACAAUAGGUGGGGACGCCGGGACGGCUGCUACGCUUGCUGAAAUGAUCAUCAAACAUGGAUGUCAUGGGACGAUACAGGCCGGGAACCAUGUGCAACCCAAGCAUCUGUUCUUGGCCGGUGACAAGGCCAGGGACGUCUUACCCAUCCGGCUAAGCGAAGCAGGUGUCGCGUAUGAGCAGAUAGUGGUGUACGAGACCAAACCCUCCGCCACAUUCCAUGCCGAUCUGGACAAUAUCCGCUUGGAGACUGGCGCAGGACAAAGACCAUGGGUUGUCUUUUUCAGUCCGUCAGGGGUGGAUGUUGCAUUGGAGGCGAUACGGAAGUCUCCGGUUUGGGGCGAGGCGAGGGUAGCGUCGAUUGGACCGACAACGAGUCGACGGCUUUGGGAGGUGGGGCUAGUGGUUGAUGCGGAGGCGGGGAGGCCGGGGCCUGAGGGGUUGAUGGAGGUCGUUCGAUGUGCUCUGGGGGGGCGGAAUAGAGAUGAUUUACCCUAACGUUUCUACCCAAGUUGCGAGUAGAAGCUCCCGUGAUGUGGCCGGUGGGUGGGAUAACUUACACACGGCGGCGAACCUAUUAGUUUUAGCGCAUGUCAUGGCGGCUCAUUUGAGAUUUCACUCCCACGGUCUUCCUUUGCUGCGGCCAUAUCAGAGUAGAAUCUGGGUUUGAGCAACGCCGACAUAAAAGACGUACUGUAUCUUAUGAAAGGGAUUGGGGUUUGCAAGAAUGAAG